AUGUACAUGUCGCCGUGGUAACCAUCUUGACGGACAGACAAGCAGGAAGCUCACGGCCCGCCCGCUGUGUACAUGUCGCCGUGGUAACCAUCUCGAGAAGCAGGAAGCUCACUGCCCGCCCGCUGUGUACAUGUCGCCGUGGUAACGCAGGUGGCUACAACAUGUCUGCAAAAGCCAAACAAACUAACAAAUCGGCGGAUAAAAAUGCAAACGACAGAAAUGACGUUGCGUCCAAAGUAAGAGGAUAUGUUUAAAACCCCUAUCAAUAGUUUAUAUUAUUUGAAAUAUUUACUACAUCAUUUGUCUGGUUAUUUUGAUUAUUUGACAAACUGUUAUCAUAGCUAGAGCUAACCUAGUUUGGCUAGCUAACCAAAACUCACUUGUAUUCUGAAUCCAAUUUAAUCCAGGAAAAUGACGCUGAAAAAGCCAACCCUCAAUGGAAAUGUAUUUCCCAUGAACAAAUCAACACGCUGUUAGAUUUGACAGUGGAACAAGUGCAAUUGUAAGUAACAAGGAUAUAUAGGCCUAAUAGCCAGUUUAUUUGGAAGUGUUUCAUGUAUGCGUACGUUGUUGAUUUUUGUUUUUACAACAGACAGUUUGAAGAGAUACUUGGUUUGAAGAACUGCCAGACAUGUCUAAAGGAGGCGUCCCUGUUGGGCUACUUUGUCUGUGGAUUCUGGUGGGCCAGGCAGAUGAACUACACCUGUCAACAGAUCUCAUUCAUCAUGGCUCUACAGCAACUGGUACUAGACAAUAUCAGGGGUAAGUCAUGGGAUUUAUAGGCGACAGACAGAAGAGCCACCCCACAGACCGACAGUUAAUAACUCGUAAGUAGCCUGCAGUUAUUGUACUUGGGCUACGGUAUACACAGACAGUGUUUCCCAAACCUCUCCCGCCUUACUUGGGCUACAGUAUACACAGACAGUGUUUCCCAAACCUCUCCGGUCUUACUUGGGCUACGGUAUACACAGACAGUGUUUCCCAAACCUCUCCGGUCUUACUUGGGCUACGGUAUACACAGACAGUGUUUCCCAAACCUCUCCGGCCUUACUUGGGCUACAGUAUACACAGACAGUGUUUCCCAAACCUCUCCGGUCUUACUUGGGCUACGGUAUACACAGACAGUGUUUCCCAAACCUCUCCGGCCUUACUUGGGCUACGGUAUACACAGACAGUGUUUCCCAAACCUCUCCGGUCUUACUUGGGCUACGGUAUACACAGACAGUGUUUCCCAAACCUCUCCGGCCUUACUUGGGCUACGGUAUACACAGACAGUGUUUCCCAAACCUCUCCGGUCUACGGUAUACACAGACAGUGUUUCCCAAACCUCUCCGGUCUACGGUAUACACAGACAGUGUUUCCCAAACCUCUCCGGCCUACCCCCAGCCACUGCUCUAAUUUGUGACCAUCUUGGUUGUAUUUGUAUUUAUUAUUGAUCCCCAUUAGCGGCUGCCGAGGCAGCAGCUACUCUUCCUGGGGUCCAAUCACAAUGUACAUACAAUAAAACAAUACAUAACACAACACAUUAUUACACACUACUCUACCAAAACAUAUUUACAAUACAAAAUCAAUAAUACAGGAAAAUAACAAUAUAAAAAUGUAUGUGUGUAGAGUGCGGGUGUUUGCAUGUGUUUGCGAAUGCUGUGUGUGUGUGUCUCUUCACAGUCCGCGCUGUUCCAUAAAAUGUAGUUUUAUCUGUUUUUUUUAUCUGAUUUUACUGCUUGACUGAGUUACAUGAUGUGGAAUAGAGUUCCAUGUAGUCAUGGCUCUAUGUAGUACUGUGCGUUCCCCGUAGUCUGUUCUGGACUUUGGGGACUGUGAAGAGACCUCUGGUGGCAUGUCUCGUGGGGUAUGCAUGGGUGUCUGAGCUGUGUGCCAGCAUUCCAAACAGACAGCUCGGUACAUUCAGCUUGUCAACACCUCUUAAAAAAACAAGCAGUGAUGAAGUCAAUCUCUCUUCCACUUUGAGCCAGGAGAGAUUGACAUGCAUGGGCCUCUGUAGCUCAGCUGGUAGAGCACGGCGCUUGUAACGCUAAGGUAGUGGGUUCGAUCCCCGGGACCACCCAUACACAAAAAAAUAAAUAAUAAUAAAAAUAAAAAUGUAUGCACGCAUGACUGUAAGUCACUUUGGAUAGAAGCGUCUGCUAAAUGGCAUAUUAUAUUAUUAUUAUUAAUGUUAGCUCUCUGUGUACAUCCUAGGGCCAGCCGUGCUGCCCUGUUCUGCGCCAACUGCAAUUUUCCCAAGUCCCUCCUUGUUGCACCUGACCACACUACUGAACAGUAGUCCAGGUGCGACAAAACAAGGGCCUGUAGGACCUGCCUUGUUCAUAGUGUUGUUAAGAAGGCAGAGCAGCGCUUAAUUAUGCCCUAAGUAAAAUGCUGUUGGAGUCCCACCCCAUCUUGCGAGAACAUUCUUUAGCGGCCCCCCUCUUGACAGCGGAGAGAAAAAUAUAGACGUUUUAUAAUUAAUUUCCUCCAAUGCUACACAAUUUGCUAUGGGGUGUAGAGAAAAUGUUGCGGUUUUAAAGCAAUUUUGCUGAAAUUCUACACAUUUUGCCAUGGGGCAGAGUCACAGAGAGAAGAUUGAGCAAUUUUAUAACUAAGUUCAUAAAAUUCUGCUCAUUUUGCCCUUUUUUAGGGGCUGUGUGUUCACAUAAUCAUUAAGACCUUUAUUAGGGGCUGUGUGUUCACAUAAUCAUUAAGACCUUCAUUAGGGGCUGUGUGUUCACAUAAUCAUUAAGACCUUCAUUAGGGGCUGUGUGCUCACAUAAUCAUUAAGACCUUCAUUAGGGGCUGUGUGUUCACAUAAUCAUUAAGACCUUCAUUAGGGGCUGUGUGUUCACAUAAUCAUUAAGACCUUCAUUAGGGGCUGUGUGUUCACAUAAUCAUUAAGACCUUCAUUAGGGGCUGUGUGUUCACAUAAUCAUUAGGACCUUCAUUAGGGGCUGUGUGUUCACAUAAUCAUUAAGACCUUCAUUAGGGGCUGUGUGUUCAUCUAAUCAUUAAGACCUUCAUUAGGGGCUGUGUGUUCACCACCUAAUCAUUAAGACCUUCAUUAGGGGCUGUGUGUUCACCACCUAAUCAUUAAGACCUUCAUUAGGGGCUGUGUGUUCACCACCUAAUCAUUAAGGCCUUCAUUAGGGGCUGUGUGUUCACCACCUAAUCAUUAAGACCUUCAUUAGGGGCUGUGUGUUCACCACCUAAUCAUUAAGGCCUUCAUUAGGGGCUGUGUGUUCACCACCUAAUCAUUAAGGCCUUCAUUAGGGGCUGUGUGUUCACCACAUAAUCAUUAAGACCUUCAUUAGGGGCUGUGUGCUCAUCUAAUCAUUAAGACCUUUAUUAGGGGCUGUGUGUUCACCUAAUCAUUAAGACCUUCAUUAGGGGCUGUGUGUUCAUCUAAUCAUUAAGACCUUCAUUAGGGGCUGUGUGUUCACCACCUAAUCAUUAAGACCUUCAUUAGGGGCUGUGUGUUCACCACCUAAUCAUUAAGACCUUCAUUAGGGGCUGUGUGUUCACCACCUAAUCAUUAAGGCCUUCAUUAGGGGCUGUGUGUUCACCACCUAAUCAUUAAGACCUUCAUUAGGGGCUGUGUGUUCACCACCUAAUCAUUAAGGCCUUCAUUAGGGGCUGUGUGUUCACCACCUAAUCAUUAAGGCCUUCAUUAGGGGCUGUGUGUUCACCACAUAAUCAUUAAGACCUUCAUUAGGGGCUGUGUGCUCAUCUAAUCAUUAAGACCUUUAUUAGGGGCUGUGUGUUCACAUAAUCAUUAAGACCUUCAUUAGGGGCUGUGUGUUCACAUAAUCAUUAAGACCUUUAUUAGGGGCUGUGUGUUCACAUAAUCAUUAAAACCUUCAUUAGGGGCUGUGUGUUCACAUAAUCAUUAAGACCUUCAUUAGGGGCUGUGUGUUCACCACCUAAUCAUUAAGACCUUCAUUAGGGGCUGUGUGUUCACAUAAUCAUUAAGUCCUUCAUUAGGGGCUGUGUUCACCUAAUCAUUAAAACCUUCAUUAGGGGCUGUGUGUUCACAUAAUCAUUAAAACCUUCAUUAGGGGCUGUGUGUUCACCACCUAAUCAUUAAGACCUUCAUUAGGGGCUGUGUGUUCACCACCUAAUCAUUAAGACCUUCAUUAGGGGCUGUGUGUUCACCUAAUCAUUAAGUCCUUCAUUAGGGGCUGUGUUCACAUAAUCAUUAAGACCUUCAUUAGUGGCUGUGUGUUCACAUAAUCAUUAAAACCUUCAUUAGGGGCUGUGUGUUCACAUAAUCAUUAAGACCUUCAUUAGGGGCUGUGUGUUCACCACCUAAUCAUUAAGACCUUCAUUAGGGGCUGUGUGCUCACAUAAUCAUUAAGACCUUCAUUGGGGGCUGUGUGUUCACAUAAUUAUGAAGACCUUCAUUAGGGGCUGUGUGUUCACAUAAUAAUUAAGACCUUCAUUAGGGGCUGUGUGUUCACAUAAUCAUUAAGACCUUCAUUAGGGGCUGUGUGUUCACCACCUAAUCAUUAAGACCUUCAUUAGGGGCUGUGUGUUCACCACCUAAUCAUUAAGACCUUCAUUAGGGGCUGUGUGUUCACAUAAUCAUUAGGACCUUCAUUAGGGGCUGUGUGCUCACAUAAUCAUUAAGACCUUCAUUAGGGGCUGUGUGUUCAGAUAAUCAUUAGGACCUUCAUUAGGGGCUGUGUGCUCACAUAAUCAUUAAGACCUUCAUUAGGGGCUGUGUGCUCACAUAAUCAUUAAGACCUUCAUUAGGGGCUGUGUGUUCACAUAAUCAUUAAGACCUUCAUUAGGGGCUGUGUGUUCACAUAAUCAUUAAGACCUUCAUUAGGGGCUGUGUGUUCACAUAAUUAUUAAGACCUUUAGCAUUAGCUAGCCUAGCAUGCUGACGAAAAGGCAUUUUCAUUCAAAACUAGCAGUAUUUCAAUCUUCUCGAUUUGUCAGUUGGGAUAAUAUGAUAAUUAGGAAUACAGCGCCAUCACCCACCCCUGGAUUAAGGUCCGUUUUCCGAGCCAGAUCUCUUGCUCCUCGCUGUCCUGAUCUUGGCAUAGCACUAUUCCGGCUAGAGAGAGAAGGAAUGAACGUCUAGUCAGAUUCUUAUGGCUAACAUCAAUGUGGACUGGCUGUGGCUAAUAUCUGUAUUUUAUAUCUGUCCACAAUGUCCCAGAGAAGCAGAUGCCAUUUGGUGAUAACCUGAAUGAGUUUGCCAAGUUGAUAUCAGGAACGCGCCAGUCUCCUUCUCCAGAGGUUGAUUCACUGUUUGAUGCAGAGCAGGCCAUGUCCAUCACUGACUACCUCAAGUGCAGGUAGCAAGUCUCUUCUCUAUCUGCCUUUUGUAGUAGGGUCUACAUUAUUAAUAUCACGUUAACAGUGUCCUUCCUUAACCUGGUGAUAAUCCAUUCAGAGCAGUGAACCUCGUAGUGGAUGUUGAAGUUCUGAUCUGUUGGUUCACCUGUUUACUGUAGUCUCUUUCAGAACUACCACCUCUAUGAGUUUCUCUUCCACCAACCCAGAGAGGAGCUACUCAUUGGGAAGAAGGUGAGGCUGUGUAUGCGUGUGUCAGUGCGUCCCGUAUGUAUGUUGAGGUUUCCUUAAGGAAGCUAUGCGUGUGUCAGUGCGUCCCGUAUGUAUGUUGAGGUUACCUUUAAGGAAGCUAUGCGUGUGUCAGCGCGUCCCGUAUGUAUGUUGAGGUUACCUUAAGGAAGCUAGUGAGUAACUUGGAAGGGCAGUGACCAUAAAGAGAGAGUCCUUUCCUGUCAUUGUCCCUAAGGAUCCAUUUAUCUGUCAUCUCUGACUAACUAACUCACCACCAGGAGACCAUUUAUCUGUCAUCUCUCACUAACUAACCAUCAGGAGACCAUUCAUCUGUCAUCUCUAACUAACUCACCACCAGGAGACCAUUUAUGUGAUGAGGUGGUGUUGAAGGAUUCAGGCGCAGGAGGGUAAAUCACAGAAUAACAGGCUUUAAUCAGUAAAAAUACAGGUUUACGCAGAAAUGUGUCAAACACACUCCAGGGCACAAAACAGGCGCACUGGAAAAUACAAGGCACACAGGAAAACUCCCGUCUAUACAAAAUACACGAGCUUCACUAACCUUCACAAUAAACAAUCACCCACAAGGACAAGGGGGCAGAGGGAACACUUAUACAUGUACUAAUGAGGGGAUAUGAACCAGGUGUGUGUAAUUGACAAGACAAUUGUGAUGAUGAUUGGGGCGGCAGUGGUUAGUACUCCGGUGACGAUGAAUGCCGAAGCCUGCCCGAACAAGGAGGGGAGGCAGCCUCGGCCGAAGUCAUGACAAUUUAUGUCAUCUCUGACUAACUAACUCACCACCAGGAGACCAUUAAUCUGUCAUCUCUAACUAACUAACUAACUAACUAACUAACUAACUAACUAACUAACUAACUCACCAUCAGGAGACCAUUAAUCUAUCAUCUCUGACUAACUCACCAUCAGGAGACCGUUUAUCUGUCAUCUCUAACUAACUAACUCACCAUCAGGAGACCAGUUAUCUGUUAUGUCUAACUAACUCAUUGAUCUGUCAUCUCUGUCUUACUCACCACCAGGAGACCAUUUAUCUGUCAUCUCUGUCUUACUCACCACCAGGAGACCAUGUAUCUGUCAUCUCUGUCAUACUCACCACCAGGAGACCAUUGAUCUGUCAUCUCUGACUAACUAACUCACCACCAGGAGACCAUUUAUCUGUCAUCUCUAACUAACUCACCACCAGGAGACCAUUUAUCUGUCAUCUCUAACUAAUUCACCAUCAGGAGACCAUUUAUCUGUCAUCUCUAACUAACUCACCAUCAGGAGACCAUUUAUCUGUCAUCUCUAACUAAUUCACCAUCAGGAGACCAUUUAUCUGUCAUCUCUAACUAACUCACCACCAGGAGACCAUUUAUCUGUCAUCUCUGACUAAUUCACCAUCAGGAGACCAUUUAUCUGUCAUCUCUAACUAACUCACCAUCAGGAGACCAUUUAUCUGUCAUCUCUGACUAAUUCACCAUCAGGAGACCAUUUAUCUGUCAUCUCUAACUAAUUCACCAUCAGGAGACCAUUUAUCUGUCAUCUCUAACUAACUCACCAUCAGGAGACCAUUUAUCUGUCAUCUCUGACUAACUCACCAUCAGGACAAGUCUAACUAGUGAACUCCCUUUCCUGUGAAUGUACCAGCCCUAUACUGCAUGUACUGUGCUGAAACAAAUGCAAUCCCCACAAUUCACUCUGUUCCUCUCACAUUAUCACAGCAUUCAUGUUGCCUAUAAUAACAUUAGAUCUCAUGACAUUGAUUUGUUCAACCAGAGACCUUUUAUAGGAGCUGCAACAUUCCAGGAAGUGACAUAAUAGACUGUGCAGACUCUUUAUUUCCAGACAGAGAGCUGGAGUAUAGUGACUCAUCCCUGACAGGUUGGAACUACUAGGAAUGACUCUGUUUGAUUUCCCAUUGAUAUCUUUACAACGUCUGCUACCAUUUGAUAUGAUCCUUCUCUUAAUAUAUUCACAAAUGUGGAAGGGAAGGCAAACAUCUGACAUAUUCUACUGUAAAGUCAUGGGUGAGAAUACAACCUCUAUGUUUCCUGACUAACUGUAUUCCAGAGGACCAUUGAGGUGAUCAGCUCAGCAGACUUUGUAGCUCCGCUGGAAGAAGGCAUGACUACUGAAGUCUUCCUCCAUUACAUGGCUCCUUCUCCUGUUGAACAGCGUGAAGAGGUACUGUACUGGAGGGCUACUGAUGACUACCUCCAUUACUGUAAUAUUCUACCUGUCUGAUACUGACCCAGGGACAGAGGACCAGCCUGUCUGAUAGGUGGUGUUCUACUGACCCAGGGACAGGGGACCAGCCUGUCUGAUAGAUGGUGUCCUACUGACCCAGGGACAGAGGACCAGCCUGUCUGAUAGAUGGUGUCCUACUGACCCAGGGACAUAGAUGGUGUCCUACUGACUCAGGGACAGGGGACCAGCCUGUCUGAUACUGACCCAGGGACAGAGGACCAGCCUGUCUGAUAGAUGGUGUCCUACUGACCCAGGGACAUAGAUGGUGUCCUACUGACUCAGGGACAGGGGACCAGCCUGUCUGAUAGAUGGUGUCCUACUGACCCAGGGACAGAGGACCAGCCUGUCUGAUAGAUGGUGUCCUACUGACCCAGGGACAGAGGACCAGCCUGUCUGAUAGAUGGUGUUCUACUGACCCAGGGACAGAGGACCAGCCUGUCUGAUAGAUGGUGUUCUACUGACCCAGGGACAGAGGAGCAGCCAGGAGGAGGAUGGUGUUCUACUGACCCAGGUACAGAGGACCAGCCUGUCUGAUAGGUGGUGUCCUACUGACCCAGGGACAGGGGACCAGCCUGUCUGAUAGAUGGUGUUCUACUGACCCAGGGACAGAGGACCAGCCAGGAGGAGGAUGGUGUCCUACUGACCCAGGGACAGAGGAGCAGCCAGGAGGAGGAUGGUGUCCUACUGACCCAGGGACAGAGGACCAGCCAGGAGGAGGAUGGUGUCCUACUGACCCAGGGACAGGGGACCAGCCAGGAGGAGGAUGGUGUCCUACUGACCCAGGGACAGAGGACCAGCCAGGAGGAGGAUGGUGUCCUACUGACCCAGGGACAGGGGACCAGCCAGGAGGAGGAUGGAGAGGUAGCAGUUAAAACAGAUCUGCAGGAGAAGGAGAAGGAGGCUACAGGGUUCGAAGGAUAUAACAUUCAGGAUGUCAAAGACGUGCUGGGAGACCUGACCACAGAGAUGCUGGGAAAUCUACAGGUAGGAUUUUAUGAUGAAUCUGAAUCCUUUAAAGCUGUUGUAUAGUUUUUAUUGAAAUAAACAAUCUUCAUGUAUUUUCUACUGGUGUUUCAUACAGUUGAAUUUGAUCAUUGUUCCAAACAAAACACCCCUGUCCAUUUGGAGGUCAAUUCUCAGCUGAACUCCAAUAACCAGUCCAAAUAUAACCAUGCUGACUUCAGCAGAACAACAACGUGUGGAUUGUUGUUGGAGGUUUUCAUGUCUUCCACACCAGUUGAAUAUGUUUGAUGUGAAACAGGAAACGCAGCUUUGUAUUAUACUACUAGCUAUCAUGUUAUAGAACCGUACUGGUGGUUUCCAUUAUGAUAGGUCUUAAUAGGACAACAGAGACAUGUAGGCAUGUGUCCCUAAUGGCACCCUAUUCCCUAUGUAGUGCCCUACGUUUGACCAGAGUCCUGUGGGCCUUGGUUGAAAGGAGUGCCCUAAAUAGGGAAUAGGAUGCCAGACGUAAUAACAAUAGAGAGGCCUGUGUGAUAAAGAGCUGAACAGCUGCACUGACAGACUGACUGACUGACUGACUGACUGACUGACUGACUGACUGACUGACAGUGACUGACUGACUGACUGACUGACUGACUGACUGACUGACUGACUGACAGGCUGACUGGGUUACUGACUGACUGACUGACUGAUGACUGACUGACUGACUGACUGACUGACUGGGUUACUGACUGACUGACUGACUGACUGACUGGGUUACUGACUGCUGACUGACUGACUGACUGACUGAGGCUGACUGACUGACUGACUGACUGACUGACUGGAGUGACUGACUGACUGACUGACUGACUGACUGACUGACUGACUGACUGACUGACUGACUGACUGACUGACUGACUGACUGACUGACUGACUGACUGACUGACUGACUGACUGACUGGGUUACUGACUGACUGACUGACUGACUGACUGACUGACUGACUGGUUACUGACUGACUGACUGACUGACUGACUGACUGACUGAGUGACUGACUGACUGACUGACUGACUGCUGACUGACUGAGUGACUGACUGACUGACUGACUGACUGACUGGGUUACUGACUGACUGACAGGCUGACUGACUGACUGAGUGACUGACUGACUGACUGACUGACUGACUGACUGACUGACUGACAGACUGACUGACUGACUGACUGAGUGACUGACUGACUGACUGACUGACUGACUGGGUUACUGACUGACUGACUGGCUGACUGACUGACUGAGUGACUGACUGACUGACUGACUGACUGACUGACUGACUGACUGGGUUACUGACUGACUGACAGGCUGACUGACUGACUGAGUGACUGACUGACUGACUGACUGACUGACUGACUGACUGACUGACAGGCUGACUGACUGACUGACUGACAGGCUGACUGACUGACUGACUGACUGACUGACUGACUGACUGACAGAGUGACUGACUGACAGACUGACAGACAGGCUGACUGGCUGACUGACUGACUGACUGAGUGAGUGACUGACUGACAGGCUGACUGACUGACUGACUGACAGACAGGCUGACUGACUGACAGGCUGACUGACUGACUGACUGAGUGAGUGACUGACUGACAGGCUGACUGGCUGACUGACUGACAGGCUGACUGACUGACUGACUGACAGACAGGCUGACUGACUGACUGAGUGAGUGACUGACAGAGUGACUGACUGACUGAGUGACUGACAGACUGACAGGCUGACUGACUGACUGACAGGCUGACUGACUGACAGGCUGACUGACUGACUGAGUGAGUGACUGACAGAGUGACUGACUGACUGAGUGACUGACAGACUGACAGGCUGACUGACUGACUGACAGGCUGACUGACUGACUGAGUGAGUGACUGACAGAGUGACUGACUGACUGAGUGACUGACAGACUGACAGGCUGACUGACUGACUGACAGGCUGACUGACUGACUGACUGACUGACUGAGUGAGUGACUGACAGAGUGACUGACUGACUGAGUGACUGACAGACUGACAGGCUGACUGACUGACUGACAGGCUGACUGACUGACAGGCUGACUGACUGACUGAGUGAGUGACUGACAGACUGACAGACUGACAGGCUGACUAACUGACAGGCAGACUGACAUGCUGACUGACUUACUGACUGAGUGACUGACUGACUGACAUGCUGACUGACUGACUGAGUGACUGACUGACUGACUGACUGAGUGACUGACUGACUGACAGGCUGACUGACUGACAGGCUGACUGACUGACUGACAGGCUGACUGACUGACUGACUGACUGACAUGCUGACUGACUGACUGACAGGUUGACUGACAGGCUGACUGACAGGCUCACUGACAGGCUGACAGACUGACUGACUGACUGACAGGCCGACUGACAUGCUGGCUGACUGACUUACAGGCUGACUGACUGACUGACAGACAUUCUGACUGACUGGCUGACUGACUGACUGACUGACUGGUGUCCAUGUUAUUGAGUGGCUCUGCUGUAAUGUGAGACCUCAUCACCAACAGUGUGCAGCAUCCUGAUUCUGAAUGAUCCACCACCACACAACUACAGCUAUUUCUAACCAUUCUCUCUUAUUUUCUGUCUGCUCAAGAUCAAUUACAUAUUUCACUCUGCUGCAUUUGUACUUAUAUCAAAAGAUGCCAUUGAGCAGAUGAUGUAAUGGAAUCCGUCAGUUCCAGUCAGAACAAUGAGAGCGAGAUCCAGUGAACGCUGCACCCUUCCAGCAGGUUCUCUAACUCCGGCUCCAGAUUGUAGUGACGGCUUUAACCUUCAUGUGGAUCGUCUCUGCCAGGCCAAAUUGCUGCCCCCUUGUUAAACGAUAUUUAAUAACAUUCAUUUAUUCCUCUGAAGGGGAUAUGUUCCCAGGAGUUUCAACAUGCAUGUGGGUCUCAUCAUACCUUAUAUGGUAGACAUGUUGAAAUGGUCAAAUGUAGGACAAGCUGUGGGUGAAUUCCAUAAGUAGAUUGGAACUGUUCCAUUCUCCAGGACACAGUGCAGCAUGCAGCCGGGGAAAUACAUGCAAUCAUCUUUUGGAUGAAUAGGGCACCAUUUUGUAAAUGUUGAAGCACUCCUAUUCACCAUGUGUUAAAUAAUGAGCAGUUAUCCAAACUAUUAUCAAUGGCUUUCCUCUUGUGUUGUUACAGGCUGAAUUCACAGAGAAGCUGAGAGUCCAAGAGGAGAGCUUCAGGACCAGACUAGAACGACUGAAACAUUCUGCCUCCAAAUAGCAACAAUACACAACAUAGUCUAGCUAUUUACUAUGAACA